CAACUCACGAUCGCACUCCAUCGAGAUGGCGAGGUGAGCCCAUCGAUCAAUUGUGCCCGGCAGGUGCACACCGUUUGGCAUCAUUGGAUGAAUGCAUCAUGACCGUUAUAUACAUUAUCACAGUUGGAGAACAAUGCAGCACCGUCAAAUUGUGUAUUCUAUACCUAAGGUUAUACGUUUCGAACAGACCAACGGAGCCGUCGCCGCCUCGCCUAUGCGGUGACCGGAGUCGCCCGCUCGUCAUUAGUUGCGAAUAUCCUCUGCAGCCCGCAAGUCGCUUUCGCUAUGGUGCAGCCGACCGAGUCGCCGCCCAGUACGGGCGUAAUUCUAUCCAGCUCACCGCUUAACUGGGACGGCAAGUGCCAGAAAUGCCGCAAGCUCAUGUCCCGCUGCGUCUGCUUCCAGGAGACUGAAGGCGACACCGACCCGCUCCACGCCAGCACCGCCUUCCAAGUGCCUACAGACGCCUCCGAGACGCGUCCGCUCUGGAAUGCGCUGCGUAAAAUGCACCGCAAGUCGACGGCAUCGCGUCUGUCGCUCCUGCAGCCGCCCACAAACGCACAACCUUCCAAGGAACACCACCGCAAACACAGCGAAGCUCUUCCGCCUCUCAGUGCUCCUCAUCUGCAUCGACGUUCCGAUGCUCGCCCUCCGCAGAGCUCCACAAGACGUGGCAGCAGAGAACCGAGACGUGAACUGGCACCGGAACGAUCAUCCAUGAGCCGGAAAGACCGACUGCAACGCGCUGGUAUUACGACCAGCAGUCACAACCUCAAGAGGGACGUCAAGGACGCAGGCGUCAUGCGUUCCGUGCAGUCGACAAGCAGCAUGGUCAAGCACGGUAGCGUAAACGCUUCUCGUCCCAAGGAAAAGCUUAGCUACGGGCCGGAAGAAGGCUCACCUAGCGAUGAAGAGAACGACGAGACUGUAUGGGAGCUGUAAGUGUCGAGCUCUCUAUUUCACGUGCUGUACUUGCCGGCGCUCGCCACUUGUGCAGCACGUACGAUGAAUAUAUGUACCAUGGUCCGAGUGAACAACCAUAUUUUUCAACUAAACUUUUCUUUCGCCA